AUGACAGUCCACGUCUUUGACGAGCGCGUAAUGAGCGACACAUGUGUCACGGAAUUGGCGGAAUGUUGCCUUACAAGUGGUCUUAUGGGUGGAGCCGCUGUACACGUUGCACGUGGCGGAAACGAUUCGGACAGCUGCAACACGGACAGCACGGUGGAAGUCUGUAGGAAGCGUGCGGAAGAGAUCAACCGCACCUGCCCACCAACUAAUGGUUGUCUGGGCGCCGGAAAACGGAAUGUUCAACGUGCUACGCCGGAGGAGACACUCCUCUUCCGCGUGCCGUGGGCACCACUUAGGCGGCACAAGACACGGAUCAGCAGCCUGUGCACAAGCACAGAAAUGCCAUUCUGCACAGCUCUCAGCCAACAAGAGGCUGAACGUCUCGUGCCGCAGUUCGUGGCGCUUCAGCAGUGCACUAGCCCGGCGCAGGGCGAAUACGCUGUAGAUUCCACCACGACGUGCGCGGUGCUGGUGGUAGGUGCGGGUGGGUUGGGUUCACCGCUGCUGAUGUACCUCGCCGCUGGAGGGAUAGGAAUCAUCGGCGUAAUGGACGGAGAUGUCGUAGAGACAUCCAACCUGCACAGGUACUGGGAGCAAAGACGACACUUGAGCAUAUGGCAAAUUGUUCACGACGAAGAACAUCAAGGCAUUAACAAAGCAUUGUCUGCGGUGACGAGGAUGAGGAAGAUCAAUUCACGGGGGACGUACGUCGCAUAUGAGCGCUUUUGCGGUGAAGACGAGGCGGAAAACAUCAUUCCGCAAUACGAUAUCAUCGUAGACGCCACUGACAACCCCCAGUCUAGGUACCUCAUCAACGAUGCUUGCGUUAAGUACAGCAAGACGCUCGUUAUCGCAAGCGCAAUUGGGACUCAAGGCCAACUUAUGGUCCUGAAUCGCGUCGUUGAUGCACAUUUGACGCCGUGCUUCCGCUGCGUCUGCCCGCUGGAGGGGAAUACAUCCAUCCCGGCACGAAGGGGGGCGUGCAGUACUGCCGGGGUGCUGGGCUCAAUACCCGGGGUGUUGGGUUGCCUGCAGGUAAACGCGGAUAUUCAGGAGUGGAAAUACACCUCUAUGCAGGCUACGGAGGUGCUCAAGCUCGCUGCCGGAGCGGACGAUGCGGUUUUGGCACCAGGCCGUAUGCUCAUGUAUGACACCACUAACGUCACGAAACCCUUCAGAUGCAUCCAGCUGUCGAAGAACCCCAAUUUCUGUGGGGAUGGCGCUGGGCCUAUUCGCAUCAAGAUGGUACCCUGGGAAACCUGCAAGAUCAACCAGCUUACGGACGAUAUUGCCAUCAGCAACGACGACUUUUGGAAUAUUUACAUGAGGCAUGCUCACAAAGGAGUGCCCGUAAAACUUUCAUGCUGCUUAUCCGGCCGCAAAACCACGGAUAGCUGGCAGGGCGAACCGUGCACAGUCUGCCUCGUCGACGUAAGACCUAGGGAGCAUUACGAACUCUGCCACAUCACAGGUGCUGCACACUGGGCACUAGACAACCUGGUAGAUGAGUUCGCCGUGCUAGAAUCGCGACACGCCGAAGCAGCUACGGAGGAAUCACUGCGCGACAUAGAAGAGCUAAUCGAAUCAAAAUGUAUAGGUGGCAAAAUUGAAGGGAAUCUUCUUAUCCUAUUCAUUUGCUUCCUCGGUAACUCUUCAAGAACUGCAACGAUGACGAGCGAUGCGAACUACUUUUGGCAUCGCAAUGCCAUCAGCCUGAAAAUGGUAACGUAG